CCCUCUCUCUGCAGCUAAGCUAUGCUACACAUCAAUCAACUAGUGAUUGGCCGAUGGGUAUAGGGGGUGGGCGACCUGGCAGACACACAUCGUCAGCACUGCAUGAGCCCGUCCAUUCAAGAUAGCCACACACUGAGUACCUGUGGUCGUCUGUCAGGUGUCCAGGGGUUUCAGGAUGAGCAUGUUCUCCUGAUAUCCACCCCAGCUAAUGUCAUGCCGCUUCUCCAGCCCCUCGAUGGCGUCGCCAUUGGUCCGCUCCUCCACCAGCCGCUUGAAGGCCUCGUUGGGGAUCGGCUGGAACCGAAGCUCCUUGAUGCCUCGGAUCUUGAGCAGCGACCUGACGCACGCAAUGCCGAACUCACCGGCGGCAUCGCCAUCGCCCAAAUCCUCAGGCACUGCACACACAGGGAAGGACACAAACCAUGGGAUGGAAUGGAUGGAUGGAUGGGAGUCAGACACCUUUCUUUCACUCAUGCAUGGCUGACCUUCUACGAACAUCUCCAGUACUGAGAUGGUCGGCAGCUUGUCGGCCAUGUCCCCCCACGUCACGCCCCCCUCCCCCAGACCCAUCACACAGCCGCUAUCGAAGCGCUCUAAGUGUCUGCCCCGACCCAGCGCCUGCAGCAUGCCCACGGCUUGCUCUUCAGUCGGGUCGGUCACAGAGAGGUCAAUCUCUUUGACCGCGGGCAUCUUGUGCACCAUCUUGCGCCCCAUCACCUUGGCCUCCCUGCUGUUGACGAUAAGGCGACGUGCGGCGGGGAAUGCGUUGUGGGGCAGGUGGUUGAGCACAACCGGGUCCGGCUGCACUUCCUCCUCGGCAUACACCACAUCGUCGUCCUCGGUGAUCACCACAUCGAGCACCUUGGUGAAGGUCAGGGAGUGUGCGAGGGCGAUGGCAGCGGGGCUGGGCGUGUCGAGGGGCCCGGGGUUGGUGAGGUGGUGGGGGCGGACGGUGAAGAAGGCACUGAGCGAUGCGGCCGCCAUCUGCUGUAUGUGCCUCUGGAUGAAGGGGGAGGGCUCCGGGCGCGUGGGCACGUCGCAGAGGAGGCCGAGGUCGAAGUACUCGGUCUCGUGCAAGUGCUCCUCGGAGAGGAGGAUGCUGAUGUCGACGGGGAUGUCGGGCUUCACACACACGGUGCGUGUGAAGGUCUCGAUCGCCGACAGGGUGGGGAAGAUGCGCCUGUCGAUGGGCUCCAUCUCGAACUUGGCCUUGAAGCGCUUGAUGGACCGGCAGCCACGGUCGACAAGGACGGUCUGCAGAAAGACACAGCCACAAGUGAGUGAGUGAUGAGCAGUGCGAAGAUUCUGUCUUUCUGUGCGGCGUGGACACACCUGGAGGCGGCCUAGUCCCUCACGCCACCCAUCGAAGCCAAUAUCAGCACCCAUCGUCACAAAGGUGAGCGUCCCGACAUCCUCCAGCUGGGACAGCGGUCCCGGCUGGCGCGCCUCUGCCGCCGGGAGGCGCCUCAGCGUGUUGGCCAUGCUGUCGGGAUUGGAAUGCACCUGCAGCUCCUUGAGGCGUCGGGACGCCCCCACCAUGUCCCCCAGCUCCCCACCUAGCGCCGUCCACUCUGUCUGGACCCUCUCGAGUGCUGGGAGACGCCACUUCCGCCGGCGGCCGGGGAACGCUGGCUGUCUAGGUCCACGAAUCGAAUCCUCAUCUCCGGGGAUGCCCGUGAUGGAUGUGAGGGAUGUGAGG